CCCUUUUUGCGAAAGUAACCAAUCAUGACACGUGGUCAAUCAUGAGUCACGCAACCAAUCAACGUGCGCCAGCUGGGAUUCUGAGUUUUUGACAGCAGUCAACGUGUAUAAAACUAAGCGCGGAAUAGUCGUGGUUGAUGUAUCACAGGGUAUUCGUUAAAAAAGUAAGUGAAUGAAUUAAAAUCAUCGGGUUCUACUCGAUUAUCAAGCAACGGAGACAUCGCAUUAAAGGAAACAAGAAAUAAUGAAUACUUCAGUAUCUUUAAUACUUUCCAUAUUUCUUGCAUUUAUAAAUGCUGUUAUAGCUUUAAGAGAAGGUGAUUGUGAAGUAUGCGUUGCUGUUGUGAACAAAUUUAGUGAAACAUUAACAUCAGAUAUUAAAAAUGAUCCUAAGAAGAUUGAAGCAAAGUUUCGGGAAUUCUGUAAAAGUACAAAAUCUAAAGAAAAUAGAUUUUGUUACUAUUUAGGAGGAUUAGAAGAAUCUGCUACAGGUAUUUUAGGCGAACUUAGUAAACCAAUAUCAUGGUCUAUGCCUGCUGAUAAGAUAUGUGAAAAAUUGAAGAAAAAAGAUGCUCAAAUAUGCGAUUUACGAUUUGAGAAACAAAUUGAUCUCAAUACAGUAAAUCUGAAGAAAUUAAAGGUACGUGAUUUAAAGAAGAUUUUGAAUGAUUGGGAAGAAACAUGUGAAGGUUGUAUAGAAAAGACAGACUUUAUUAAACGGAUUGAAGAACUCAAACCUAAGUAUUCUAGUAGCAACUCAAAGACGGAACUUUGAAAGAUUGUCUUUGAUUUAGAUACGCAAUUAUGUUAGUAUGGUAAAAUUUCGGUCUUUUCAAUUUGCAAAGGAAUUGUUUACAAUAUUUAGAAUAUAUAUUUACCUAUGUCUACGUAAUGUAUAAUUGUUCAAUAAAAAUUUGUCUUUAGUGACAAUUUUUUAAAAUAAAAUAGGUUCUGUCAAAUGGAAUAGCAAUAUUACAGAUGUCGCUAUAAAAUAAAAAUUAGAAUGAAACAAAGAAAAUAAUGGAUAUUGAAUGUUUCAUGUCAAAUAAGAUUUCUAUAUUCCAAUAAUUUCGAGAAACGCAUAUAUAUGAGCAAUUUGAUUUUUCUCUGAUGCAGCCAUUAUAACAAGGUAUCUAUCUUAUCAAAGGUGCUCCGUUUUGUGACAUAAACGUUAGAUGUAAAUUAAUAUAUAUAUACAAUGUUUGUACGAAAAAUUAUUUUCCCACAUAUAUUUAUCUUCAUUGCUCUUCCUCAUAUAGUAUAGAAAUAUGCAAUACAUUUGUAUAAUGUCUGAAUAUUUAUACCAAAAUGCAGUAUACUGUGUCGAAUGAUAUGUGUAAAAUGUACUUUACCCAACUGCUAUGCGUUAUUGCAAAACUUGUUUUUCGUUACAUGUUAUGUAUGAAAUACGAACAAUUAAACAAUAGAAUAUAUCUCACGGCUAGUAUUCGUACAACCAUCAUCAAUAACAUCAAUAAUGCCAACUUUUUGAGAUAAGAAUCGUUUGUACUGAUAUACAUCGAUUUUUCUAGUUAAACACAAUAAGGAUAUGUACUUGCAUAUAAAAUAUUGUAAAAUUAAUGUUUAUGAUAAAUCACGUAAAUAAUUGUACAGAUAAGGUAUAUAUCUCAAUACUAUGUAUUACUUUGAAACAUUUUCUCUACAAGCUAAGUUAUUUAUUUGAUGAUAAACUGUAUAAUUACGUUUUCUAUUAUAUUCAUGAAUCUUGAUACAAGAGGUCAGGAAGAAAUAAAGGCAUGUGUGCACACACACAUGUUGUUACAAAA